AUGUUUGUAUUUAAAUGAAUAGAUUCUGCUAUGGUGUUUAAUAAGAAGGAUUUGGCUAAAGCAUUUUCGCCAAGUAAGGUUAAAAAAUUCACAAAGAAACGACUUUCAAGCAAUGGAACGAAACCAAGUGCAAGUGAAAGUACAAUUUUAUCGGCACAAUCUGAUUCUGCUUCGCAGACGAGUAUUAAGGUAAUUGUAAGAGUACGACCGCAAAAUGAACAUGAGCUUCAAGGCAAUUGUAGGACCGUUAUAAAAAUUGUUGAUGAUAAAAUGCUUAUUUUUGAUCCUAAAGAAGAGGAAAAUCCAUUCUUUUAUCAUGGCGUUGCUCAAAAAGGUCGUGAUUUGAAUAAGAAACAAAAUAAAGAAUUACAAUUCAUUUUUGACAAAAUAUUUGAUAUGACAUCAAAUAAUAUUGAUGUAUUUGAAGGAAGUACUAAAGAUUUAAUUUGUAGUCUUUUGGAUGGUUAUAAUUGUUCUGUAUUUGCAUAUGGAGCAACUGGUGCUGGAAAAACUCAUACUAUGCUUGGUUGUAACGAAGAUCCUGGUAUCACGUAUAGAACAGUAGCAGAAUUAUUUUCUCAAAUAGAAAAGCAAGGUGAACAUCGUGAAUUUAAUUUAGGUGUAACGUAUUUAGAGGUUUAUAAUGAAAAUGUACAAGAUCUUUUACAUAAAUCUGGACCUUUGCACUUAAGAGAUGAUGGUAGAUGUGGAAUAAUUGUUGCUGGUCUUAAAAUAAUUGCUAUUCAGAGUGCUGAAGAAUUAUUGACACUUUUAGCAAAAGGAAAUAAAAAUCGUACUCAACAUCCUACUGAUGCAAAUGAGGAAAGUAGUAGAAGUCAUGCUGUUUUCCAAGUUUAUAUUAAUAUUACUAAUAAAUUGGAUGGUCAAGUAAGACAAGUUAAAUUGUCUAUGAUUGAUUUAGCUGGAUCUGAAAGAGCUUCUGCUACAGGUUGUAAGGGAGCAAGAUUUAAAGAAGGUGCAAAUAUUAAUAAAUCUUUAUUGGCUCUAGGCAAUUGCAUUAAUAAGUUAGCAGAUGGUGCAAAACAUAUAACAUACAGAGAUUCUAAAUUGACUCGUCUUUUAAAAGAUUCAUUAGGUGGAAAUUGUCAAACAGUUAUGAUAGCUAACAUUUCACCUUCUAACUUUAGUUAUGAAGAUACAUAUAAUACAUUAAGAUAUGCAAAUAGAGCAAAAAAGAUCAAGAGUCAUAUAAAGAAAAAUAUUAUAUCUUGUGAAAUGCAUGUAACUGCAUAUAAAACUAUGGUCGAAGAACAAAAAAAAGAGAUAAAUUAUCUAAAGCAAAAAUUAUUAGCACUUGAAAAUGGAUCUUUACAUGUAUUAACAGAUUGUAAAAAUGAUAAUGUUAAUAAAGAAAUAGAUAAAAAUGCAUUAACUAUAACCAAUGAAUUGAUUGAAUUACUUCAAAAGAAAAAAGUUCUGAAUGAAAAAAUUCUUUCACUGGAAAGUGCAGAUAAGAUAUUGUGUUGUAGAAUUCAAUAUAAAAAAGCAGCAGAUGAAAGAUUGCAUAAUCUAACAGCAGCUGUUGAUACUUUAACACUUGAAGAACAAAAUGCAAGUGGCAAAUCAAGAGUUAAUAAAUCAUUACAUUAUUUUGAACGACAAAGAGAUUCCUUAAAAAUACAGAUGAAGGCAGCAUGGGAAGAAUUAUGUUUAAUAGAAACAGAAAUACAAAAAUUGAAUGCAGAAGUAAAAUUAAAUAGACAUGAAAAAUUAGAAAAUAUGAUUGCAUUACAAAUUUCUGAAAUAGAAAAAUCCAGAUUACAACAACAAUAUGAACAUGCAAAGAAAGUAAGCAAUCUUCAACAAUGUGAAAUAGAAUCUCAUUAUUCAAUGAUUAAAAUGAUGAGUACAACAUUACAAAAUUAUUAUGAUUUGAUGAGAGGAUAUGGAACAAUGACAGAUACAAUGAAAGAAGAAUUUAAACAAUUGAUUAAGUUAUUGGAAGGAGUAAGAAAUAUCAAAUGGUCAGAUAUGGAAAUAGUUAACCAUGAGGAACGUUUUUAUAGUUUGACAUGCCUUAGUGUAAUGCAUUUAAUGGAUCCUCUUAAUAAUGAGAUGCCUAUAUAUACAUUACAUCCUUUAGACGAACAGAACAAAGAUGGUUAUAUUAUUAAAGAUACAUUAAAUACAACUUUCGAUGCUUCAUCUGUAGAAAAAGACAAAGUAUUGGAUAUACAUGAUAUAAGUGCCAUAUUACAAGAAAAUUCAAAUUUGAAUUGUAAUAAAGUAACAAAAGAUAAUAUAGAAGAAGAAUAUAAUAAAAAUAUACAAUGUAAUAAACAAGAACAGACUAAGAAGCGUAUUCUUUCAGAAAAAAAUAAUAUAAAUACAAAAAGGACUCCUACUAAACAAGCAAGAAAUAUAUCACCAAAAAGUAAAGAUACUAAAAUUUCUUUAAUAGGAAAUAAAGAAAGUAAAAAACAUAUUCAAAAAUCACAUGUAACAAUGAGUGCCAAAAGCAUAGCUAUAUUAAAUAAAUUAAAAGCAGAUAAAUUGAGAAAAGAAAAUAUUGAUUUAAAUGUAUCAGAUGGAAUAUUAAAAGUAGUAAGAGAAAAAGAAAGGAGAGGAUUAAUGACUACACAUCCUUAUCAAAAGUUAAAUGGAAAACAAAAAUAUAUUCCAGCUUUAUCUUCAUCAAGAGUUCCACGGUAGCAACAUGAAAAAUAAUUUAGUGAUAAAAGAAAUGUGUAUACUUAAUAACAUAAAAUUAUUUUAUCUAUUAACAUAUAAAUA